UGAGAGCUAAGUAAGCCAUUUUUGACACAAGAAACGUUACCAGAACUUUACCAAUGAUGGAUUCUGAGGUUAAACCUGAGAAUGAUGAGGAUGCGAAUCGAAAGAAGGUGGCAGGGGAGUUGCGAAGCCUUUUGUCCUGUGGAGGCAGUUGUGGGCCUGGAGCUGAGGUGACAACCAUCUCCUCUGAGAAUAUCACAAGCAAAAGAGGUUUUCCCGACUCAUCUGACUUUGGCGGUGUCGUGCAGGAAGGCAGAAACGAACAUGCUUCUAAACGGAUGAGGGUGGAGGAGACACAGUGCCUGAAGUCUGGCCGGCAGGACACCGACGGACUCAGCACUCCUGUGAGCUCCACCACAGAAGCAGACAUCCCAUCAGAUGAGAUGGGAAAGGCGCCCUUCCUGAAGGACUGGCCAGAGGGGGGCACUGCUCUUCCACCUGCCUCUAUCUCCUCUCCUGAUCUUAGCACCAUUAAUGCCCCGUCUCUGAAAAGGGACACGGAAAGAAGGCCUGCUCAGGAAGUGGUUUCCCUUGACUCACAAAGAGAGUCCUCUUUCCCUCCAAAGGACAUGAGUGUCAGCUGUACCUUUAGAAACAUAGACGCAGUCCUCAAGUGCAGUGAAUGUGGCCAUUUGUUUCCAUCUUGCUCUGAUUUGGAGAAGCAUGCCGAGUGCCCGAAGCAGCAGGCUAAGGAGCAUGCCUGCUGCCGCUGUGGCCACAAAGCAGAGAGCAGUCCAGCGUGCCAGGCACACCUGAGCACGCAUGUAGUCCACAACGUCUUCUCAUGUGACCUUUGCGGCUUUCAAUGUGGUGAAGAAAACUUGUUGAAUGCACACUAUCUCAGCAAAACACAUCUUCGGCGCCAGAAUCUUGCUGCUCGUGGAGGCUUUGUACAGAUCUUAACAAAGCAGCCUUUUCCUAAGAGAACUUGUGCCGUGGUAACAAAGAAUGCUCGAGCAAGACCAAGGGCUUCUAAACCAGAAGCAAAGAAUGUGGAUUCAAAAGGAUUACAAAAUAGUGGGAGCACAUUUACAGAUUGUGGAGUGAACAUUUCUCAACAAGGUGGUGGUGACAGUGAGCUCCUUGUUGAAAUGGAGCCAUCCAGAAAUACGUCAUUAGAAAAAGCAGAGGUUGUUGAAAAUGUUCUAUCCCUCACUAUAGCUCAAAAUCCUGAAAAUGAGAGCAAACAGGUAGGAGUAACUCCAGAGGGUCCCUUGGGCAAAUCAGAAUCUACCCCAAAUACCCUGCGGGCAGCACAUGGCAUCAGUACCACCUCAAGGCUAAGACCUGAGCGCAGUGUUGUCAUGUUGGGUAAUGGAUUUCGCCGAAGAAGUGGCACUUUUGCCUUGAAGGGCCAGGCAAAGAAAAGGUUUAAUCUCUUAGGAAUUAAUAAAAGAGGCGCGAGUGAAACACAGAGAACGUACAUGAAACACUUUAGAACACAGAUCAAAACAAGUGACACAGAACCAGGGCUGAAGCCUGCAGAAAUGAGCACCAGGGUCCGGAGUCUGUGUGUGACUUCCUCAGCACCCCUGGACACAACACAGGACGAGGCAAGUUCCUGUCCUCUGGGUUCCGUGCCUCUAGACUCCCCAACAGAGAAGCCAGCUUCUGACCACCAGAAGUCAUGUACUUGUACUAUUUGUGGCCAGAUCGCCAUAAAUAUGAGCGAUUUGGAAAGCCAUGUGAACAGAUGCCAUGCAGAAGAGGUGAAAAACUAUCGCCAAGCUUGUGACUUAUCCAAUACGUCACGGGGGGACCCAGAAGAGCAUGCGCACAAAACUCAGCACCAGCAAACUGCUUCUGUCCUCACUUGUCAGUGUUGUUCCUUUCUUUCCUCGAGCAAAAGAAACCUUAAAGACCACAUGAAGGAAAAACAUGAUAUGGAUUUUCUUUGCACUGCUUGUAAUCUGUUCUUGUCUGAGAAAGAUGUGGAAGAACACAAGGCAGCCACAAAGCAUGUCAGUUUAUUGGUUCAAGCGAAGACUUCUCCAUCCUUGGCCAAUGACUGUGCUUUACAGACCUUACCUUUGCGUAGUUUAGAAUCAGAAAACACAAAAGAGUCUCCGAAUGAAUCAGGGAGAACAGCUCAGGAAGAGCCUAUGAAAUCCAGGGUAAGCCCUGGAAGUGAACUGAGGCAUUCAAGUAAGCCUCAGUUUCAGUGUAAGAAGUGUUUUUAUAAAACAAGAUCUUCUACUGUUCUCACAAGACAUAUAAAGCUUCGGCACGGCCAAGACUAUCACUUCCUUUGUAAAGCCUGCAAUCUUUAUUCAUUGAGCAAAGAAGGAAUGGAGAAACAUAUUAAAAGAAGUAAACAUCUUGAAAAUGCUAAGAAAAAUAAUAUUGGCUUAAGUUUUGAAGAGUGUAUUGAAAGGGUAUGUAUAGGCGCAAAUGAGAAAAAAGAAGAUUUUAAUAUUUCUGGAAAUGGAAAGACUGAAGGCCACGUAGGUGUGCAGUUACAGGAGCAAUCCUGCCUUGAGAAGAGCACACUAAUGCCGAAGGAGGCAUCUCAGCCUGGUGUCUUCACCAGAGAUGAUGCAUUAGCUUUGCCCACUACUCCAAAGAGAGGAAGACCCAAAGGCAGCACAUCACGAACAUGUUCACACUGUGGACUUUUGGCCUCUAGUAUUACAAAUUUGACUGUUCACAUUAGACGUAAACACAGUCACCAAUACAGUUAUUUAUGCAAAGUUUGUAAAUAUUAUACUGUAACUAAGGGAGACAUGGAGCGGCACUGUGCUACCAAGAAACAUAAAGGACGGGUAGAAAUAGAAGCAAAUGGGAAACAAAGUUCAGAUAUAAUUGUUGUCCCUGAAGGUGGUCAUAUUGAGGCCUGUGUAAAGAAUACUCACUCAGCUGUGACUAUGUCUGAUGAACCAUCUAACAAGUCACCUGAGUCUGAUACCUUUGUUUUAGAAAAGCCUGUGGUAGGUCACGGAAAUCCAACUGAAGUAGAAGUUGAAAAUGUACUUCAGGCUCUAGAUGGAGAAGUUCAAAGUGCUGUCACUGGUAAAAAGGAACAGGUAUCUCUACAGCCAGAGAUUGUUCUUCAGCAGGGGGAUAUAUGUGCCCAGAGAGAUGCUACAGGUACAAGUGAUAACAAAUGUCUACAUUGUGAGUUCAGUGCACACUCGCCUGCAUCUCUUGAGCUGCAUGUGAAACGGAAACAUACGAAGGAGUUUGAGUUUUAUUGCAUGGCCUGUGAUUACUAUGCUGUGACUCGCCGAGAGAUGACUAGGCAUGCAGCAACAGAGAAGCAUAAAAUGAAAAGGCAGUCCUACCUCAACUCUUCUAAUGGAGAAGAAGCAGGUUCUGCAGAAAUGUCUAAAAACACUAUUAUACCUGGAGAGGAGCAUCCACAAAAUCCCAAGGACUUUGAAAUAAUUCCUGACCAACCACCUGAUACUCUCAAACCCAGAAAUGCUUCAGACUGUUCUAUUUUGGAUGAAAAUACUAAUUUAGAUAUUUCUAAAGUUCUGUGUGCUCCUGAUGCUGUAGAAAUUGAGGAAGAAUCUAAUUUCAGUGAAGCCCAUUCUUUUAGUGAGACGUUCCAACAGCCCCCUGCCAAGGAUCAAGUUAUGAAACCUGAGGAAAUGGUGUCUGUUAAUAUUUCCUCUAGUUAUGGCUCCUCAAACAGACUUCAGAAUGAAAAUCCAGGUAGCUGUGCUCUGAAUUGUGAGACAGCAAAGCUAAACCGUGGUAUUUUGGAGAGCAUUGACAAGCCACAUACUUACUGUGAGAACAGUGGAGGUAAUGUAGGAGAUGGUGGAGCAAAAUGUGACAGAAACGCGUGUCCUGGAGCCCUGUGUGGAAAGCAUCCAUCUGAAAGUACUUCCCCUUUGGUGGUGGGGAUAAACAGAGAGAAGCCAGACCUGAAUAGUGGUGGUCAGAACAAAGUUGGAUGUGCACAGAAUUCAGAGGCUUUGAAAGAUCUCCAAGAGAAUCCCAUUCUGCCAAAUAAGGAAAUUCUGAUGAAUUCACAACAAGAAACUGAAAUUAUUUUGGAAGAGGAUGGCCCAGCAUCUGAAAGCACAGUUGUGAGUAGUGAUGUUUAUGAAACUAUAAUCAGUAUUGAUGAUAAAGGCCAGGCCAUGUAUAGUUUUGGCCGAUUUGACUCCUCCAUAAUUAGAAUAAAGAACCCAGAAGACGCUGAACUGAUAGACCAGUCAGAAGAGUGUCUGGUGGGGACAGGAGUGAGGGUUACUGAGUUGUCCUUGAAAGACUGUGCUCCAGGCUUGAAAAAGAAGAAAGUUGAAGGCAGUUCCUACGGCGAGUCCCCACGCAUCCGUUGCGAUGAUUGUGGCUUCCUAGCAGAUGGACUGAGUGGACUGAACGUUCAUAUAGCCAUGAAGCAUCCCACAAAAGAGAAACACUUUCACUGUUUACUGUGUGGAAAAUCAUUUUAUACAGAAAGCAACCUCCAUCAGCAUUUGGCUAGUGCUGGUCAUAUGAGAAAUGAGCAGGCCAGUGUAGAAGAGCUUCCAGAGGGAGGGGCCACCUUUAAAUGUGUCAAGUGCACAGAGCCCUUUGAUUCUGAACAGAAUUUAUUUCUACAUAUUAAAGGACAGCAUGAGGAAUUGCUUCGAGAGGUGAAUAAAUAUAUAGUGGAAGACACUGAGCAAAUCAACCGCGAGAGAGAGGAGAACCAGGGCAGUGUUUGCAAGUACUGUGGGAAGAUGUGCCGGAGCAGCAAUUCCAUGGCCUUUUUGGCGCACAUUCGCACGCAUACAGGGUCCAAACCAUUUAAGUGCAAGAUUUGCCAUUUUGCGACAGCUCAGCUUGGGGAUGCCAGAAACCAUGUCAAAAGGCACCUUGGGAUGAGGGAGUACAAGUGUCACGUCUGUGGGGUUGCUUUUGUAAUGAAGAAGCACUUAAAUACUCAUCUGCUAGGCAAACACGGAGUUGGCACCCCAAAAGAAAGGAAAUUUACAUGCCACUUGUGUGACAGAAGUUUCACUGAGAAGUGGGCCCUGAACAACCACAUGAAACUCCACACGGGAGAAAAGCCGUUUAAGUGUACCUGGCCCACCUGCCAUUACUCCUUCCUCACGGCCUCCGCAAUGAAAGACCACUACAGGACGCACACAGGCGAGAAGUCGUUCCUGUGUGACCUCUGUGGCUUUGCGGGCGGGACCAGGCAUGCCCUCACCAAGCACCGCCGACAGCACACAGGAGAAAAGCCUUUCAAAUGUGAUGAGUGUAACUUCGCCUCCACCACCCAGUCCCACUUGACUCGGCAUAAGCGAGUGCACACUGGAGAGAAGCCAUACAGGUGCCCCUGGUGUGACUACAGGUCAAACUGUGCUGAAAACAUCCGCAAGCACAUCUUACACACCGGCAAACACGAAGGCGUCAAGAUGUACAAUUGCCCCAAGUGUGACUACGGCACCAAUGUCCCCGUGGAGUUCCGGAACCAUCUGAAGGAGCAGCAUCCCGACAUCGAAAACCCUGACCUCGCCUACCUGCAUGCCGGCAUCGUGUCCAAGUCCUACGAGUGCCGCCUGAAGGGACAAGGAGCCACGUUCGUGGAAACGGACAGCCCGUUCACAGCCGCGGCGCUGGCCGAGGAGUCCCCAGCGCGGGAGAAGGCGCGGGGCGGCCGGAGGCCGGCGCCGGCCGCGGAGCCGCUGCAGCAGCUCAUCAUCAUCCAGGGCUACGACGGCGAGCUGGCGCUGGACGCGUCGGUGGAGGAGACGGCCGCGGCCACGCUGCAGACGCUGGCGCUGGCCGGCCAGGUGGCCAGGGUGGUGCACAUCACCGAGGACGGCCAGGUGGUGGCCACGAGCCCCAGCGGGACCCCCGGGGGCGGCGCGGCCCCCGCGCCCCUCCUCCCAGAGCAGCUGGACGGAGCCACUCAGGUGGUGGUCGUGGGAGGCUCGGUGGAGGGUCACGGCGUGGACGAGGCCCUGGGCCCCGGCGAGGCCGCGGCCAAGCAGGAGAUUCUAAGUCUGUCCGAGGCCGCGGGCUCGCCGCCCGAGGCGGCCUCCGCCCUGGAUGCCCUGCUGUGUGCGGUCAGCGAGCUAGGCGAGGUCCAGGGCAGGGACAAGGGCAGGCCCGGCCCCAAGCAGGUGCUGGUCCAGCUGCCCCAUCCGGAAGACGCCAGGCCCAGCCCCGAGACCCCGCAGACCCAGCCGUUCCCAGACCCUCAGGAAGGGCUGGCCCAGGCCGCGCGGCCCACGGCCAUCACGGCCUCCCAGGAGCGAGCCCAGGUGGCCUUCAAGAGGAUGGUGCAGGGCGUCCUGCAGCUAGCGGUGUGCGACCCGGCCGCCGCCGGCCAGCUGCUCAAAGACGGCGUCACGCAGGUCCUGGUGAACGAGGAGGGCGCCGUGCACAUGGUGACGGGCGAGGGCACGCAGCUCAUCAUGCAGGAGGCUGAGCCCCACGGCCUGCGGCUGCCCGCCGAGCGCGUGGACCUGGUGGAGUCGGAGGGCGAGAUCUCCCAGAUCAUCGUCACCGAGGAGCUGGUGCAGGCCAUGGUGGGCGAGGCCGGCAGCGGCUUUCCCGAGGGCACGACGCAUUACAUCGUGACCGAGCUGCCCUCAGCCGGGCCGGAGCCCGAGGCCGUGUACUCCCACGCGCUCAUGGAGGCUGGUGCUCAGGAGAUCCUGCAGGCCGAGGCCGUGGCCCCUGGCGGGGUAGGACAGCUGGCCAGCAUGGUCAUUUACACCCAGGACCGCACCACAGCAGCCGCCGUGGUGCAGGGCCAAAGAGAGAGCGGCGAGCUCCGGGACGCGUGAGGCACGCCUCCCUGCGGGGCUGCGGCGGGCGGGCGGGCGGGCAGGCGCAGCGAGACCCA